AUGAACAACUCCAUGAAAUUGUCUACUGGGUCCAUGAAAAUCUGUCUCAAGAGAGUUGAUGUGUUGAAAUGUUGGAAGGGUCUGCCUCAGGGUAUCAGAAAUGGAAAUUGGCCGCUGAGAGCCCAAGGGACGAAAUCAUCUUUAGGCUAUUUAUUUUUGUACUCUAAGACUAACGAGGUCAACUUUUCUGCCAUCUAG